UCUUGCCUUCACCGGGAAAGGAUACACUGAUAGUAUUCGUGUAACCUUGCACUGAUGAGCAGACGUCACAUUGCUUUGGAAAGAUUCAUAUUUGAGAUCUGAUGACUAAGUGGUGGUGGGCACAGCUGCUUUAGAAUCACAGAUAAAGGAAAGAAGGAAAACAAAUCCAGAAUUGCCAUGUGAAAAUCUUGCUGACAUGUAAUGCUGUCACAGCAUUUAUAAAGAGCAGAAAUCCUAUUCAGUGUCAAUCAGGAAUGAGUACAACAUCUGAGGUCUGGACAGAUAGCUGUGUUUUCAUUUUACUUCCCUGUCUCCCUCCUACUUGUUGCAUCUAGUCUUUCUCAGCAGUGUCAUCUUCUGAGUGCUGGAGACGAUGGAGUUGUUUUCUCUUCUGUCAGAUGUGAAUCCUGCCCGUAGUGUCUUAGCUCUGUGAAUGGAUGAAUAUUUAAACAGCAUCCUUCAACCUUGCUUCAAAAUGUCCCUGUGUGCAUCUUCUCACAAGGACUUUUCUCAGUUGCUGCCUCUUCAGGAUAUUGGAUGCAAUAAAGCAGAAAUCAAAAACUCACCUGCUGGUGUCAUCUCUCCAGUUCCCUACAGCUGCAACCAGACCUCGCUGACAGCAGAGCACAGUCCACUCUAUAUUCCCUCAUCUUACAUGGAAAACCGACACGAGUAUUCUGCAAUGGCCUUCUGCAGCCCUGCUAUGAUGAAUUACAACAUUGCCAGCAACUUUGGGGAUUCAGAGAGCGUGGCUGUGAGGCAAACCUCGAGCCCCAGUGCGCUGUGGUCUGCUCCUGGCCACCUCUCCCCUCUGACGCUGCACUGUCAGUCAUCACUGCUCUACGCAGAGCAGCCCAAGAGCCUGUGGUGCGAAGCGAGACCGAUGGAGCCGGUGCUGCCCGUGAGCAAAGAAACGUUAAAAAGGAAAACUAAUGGCAAUGACUGUACAAGCCCAAUUGCAAACAACCCCGGCUCAAAAAAGGAUGCCCACUUCUGUGCAGUCUGCAGUGAUUAUGCUUCGGGAUACCACUAUGGGGUCUGGUCUUGUGAAGGCUGCAAAGCAUUCUUUAAAAGAAGCAUUCAAGGACACAACGAUUACAUCUGCCCAGCCACCAAUCAAUGCACAAUAGAUAAAAACAGGCGCAAAAGCUGCCAGGCAUGCCGGCUACGGAAAUGCUAUGAAGUGGGAAUGAUGAAAUGCGGCUCCAGAAGGGAACGUUGUGGAUACCGGAUCCUGCGCAGCCAUCGGAAUUCCGAAGAUCGGGUGCAUUGCAUGGGCAAAGCGAAGAAGUACAACGAGGCGGCGACGCGGGUGAAGGAGGUCCUGCUCAGCACGGUCAGCCCGGAGCAGUUCGUCUUGACGCUGCUGGAAGCGGAGCCUCCCAACGUGCUGGUGAGCCGGCCCAGCAAACCCUUCACGGAGGCCUCCAUGAUGAUGUCCCUGACAAAACUGGCAGACAAAGAGCUGGUUCACAUGAUUGGUUGGGCCAAAAAAAUUCCUGGCUUCAUUGAUCUCAGCCUCUAUGACCAAGUGAGACUCUUGGAGAGCUGCUGGAUGGAAGUUCUAAUGAUUGGUUUGAUGUGGAGAUCAAUUGACCAUCCCGGAAAACUGAUUUUUGCACCAGACCUUGUAUUAGACAGGGAUGAGGGGAAAUGCGUAGAAGGAAUUUUGGAGAUCUUUGAUAUGCUCCUGGCCAUGACCUCAAGGUUCCGAGAGCUGAAACUGCAGCACAAGGAGUAUCUGUGUGUCAAGGCAAUGAUCCUCCUCAAUUCCAGCAUGUUUCCCUUGUCAGCAGAAGAACCCGAAAGCAACAGGAAGCUGCAUCACCUGCUUAACGUGGUCACAGAUGCUUUGGUGUGGGUUAUUGCGAAGAGUGGGAUCCCCUCACAGCAGCAGACAACUCGUCUGGCCAAUCUGUUGAUGCUCCUCUCUCAUGUCAGACACGCAAGUAACAAGGGAAUGGAGCAUCUCCUGAGCAUGAAGUGUAAAAAUGUGGUCCCAGUGUAUGACUUGCUGCUGGAGAUGCUGAAUGCACACACUUUCCGAGGGCAAAGGAAGUCCCCAGCCACACACCCCGAGUUUGGCUCCUUAGAACAAAUGGAGCCUGGAGACAGCCUGCGAAAUGGGGCAGCCCAGUAACUGUGUCCAGACCUGGCAAUGUGAAGCCUUUUCAAAACUGUGGGAGAAAACAGAACUGCUGUGACGGGGCUGCUGAAGUGUGACCUGGUGUGAGUUCUCAUGUCUUCUGGAUUUGCACAUGGGUGUCUUGGGAACAGCUGUGGGAUGCACACCUCUGUCCGUGCUUCUGACAUUGUAACAGCUGCACUUUUACAGUGCCUUUUCUGAGACUCUUCAAAAGCACCUUAUGAAAUCAAGCCUCAGAACAGCACUGUGGGACAGGGGAUUACUGCCUCUCCUUCUCAGAGGCAGGUGAACUGAGACAGAGUGGUAAGGGACUGUUCUGAGGUGGCAGAAGAAGCCUGUGCCAGAGCUUGGAGUGAGCACCAAGGUCUCUGCCUCCCACAGCAAGGCUUUUUAAGCACUGAUGGGACAAUCUCCUCUUUCGGCAUGGGAUGGUGAAAUGUAGAGCAUUAUUAUUUGGGACAGAUCUGUUUACCUGUGUGUGCUGGUCCCUGGGGAAUGCCUGCUCUGCAGCUGAUCUAAAGUGCCGAGAUAUGAACAGUGUAAAGGAGUUUAUUCUAUUCCUAAAUAUGCAAUGGCUGUAACGGCCUUUGUUUGUAGGUUAUUUGAAAUAGAUUCUAGGGCCAGUUCAGAGCCUCUUCAGAAAGUUUAAACUGAGCUUAAGUUUGUAUUUUGUGAGCCUGUUCUUUACACUCACAGUAUUAUCAGUGUAUAAUUUUUCAGUGCUUUAAACAAUGACCAAACCACCUGGAUAUUUCAGUCAAUGCCUACCUUUGAAAUGUGUGUUGUCUGUGAGAUUAACAUGUUGUUUUAUAUAUUUAUUAAUGAUGUUAAAUCUGUUCUAAUAAUUAGGUUCAAGAGGUUGCUCUGUGAAUAUUAACUGUUUGCAUUUGUAUAUGAUCUGCUAAAUCAGGCCUUGUGAAAUUGGUUAGAAACAAACCAUCUUCCCUUCCCUUUUGUGGAAUUCUGCCCUGCCCACCCAAAACUUUUUGCAGGGUACGAGGAAGUGGAUGGGAAUAUAAACUGGGACCUCUUUUUGCCUGCUGCCCUGAGGUUUGCUGCUUGCUUGUUUUCAACUCGCAUGGCACCUUAUGCUGUGGUUUCAUAACUGGUAUAGGAGCCCUCAAAGAGUUGAGGAUGGGGAUAAUGGUCCUAGCACUACUUUGCUUUGCAAGUGUGAUGACUUGUUUGAAUUUCACUGAAGAUGUAGUGGGUUUAAACUCCCUCAUUGUGCUGAUUUCUGCAUGUGUUUAAGCUGCACUGAGCAAAAACAUCCAGGUGAAAUGGCCUGGCUGACAGCCCCAGUGAUCAGCAGGGUGGCAUCAUUCAUUCUGGCAACUGUCACUCUAAAUGGAUAGCUUUAAAUAUAACACAUGCAUGUUCUGGGCAUUUCAGGUAUGGUGAAAUUAAAUUAGGAUCACACCAAAUGUCUAUUUUGAGCCAAUAAGUCUUUUGGAUUAGGACUUUGAUUAGUAUGUAAUAGUAUUGUUAGUAUUGAUUAGUAUGUAUUAGUAUUAUACUAGUAAAAUAUGCCAUUUGCAUAUUUGGAAUAUUGUUUGAACCUAAUCUUGGUGGGUUUUUAAAGCCAAGGACAGUAUUUUUUUAUAGGAGGAGCAUAAAGACUUUUCAGCCAGUUACACAGAUCAACUGUCUUGUUUUGAUCUUGUACUAUACCAGAUACUGCUGCUGAUCCAAAUUUUUACUUGCUACCUUUUUAUUGUUUUUAAGAAAUUGUAAUAUAGCAGUGCCCUUCUAAUGAGGUGUAAUAUCUAGUACCAAAAAAAAAAAAGAGGAAAAAAAGUGAGUAGAGUCUGGAAUUCAUUGGUACUUUCAUUUGAGGGACAUUUUGCUGUGAAACAAACCUGUCUCAGUGUUUCUUGGGCUUGAUUGCAUUCUGACCUCAGUGUCUGUUGUAUUGUUCUUUCUGUGAUUUUCCUUAUCCUGUAUAAUUUUUUUGUUUAAUACAGUUUUUCACAGAAAUGUUUGUGAUUUGUUUGUUUUGCUUUAAAAGUGCUGAAUUAAUGUACAAUCUUGGAACAAACCUCUUAAAAAGAAAAUGGGAAAGGCUGGGUAUAAAUCAUGAAAUUGGCUUCUAAGUGGAAAUUUGCUGUGGAUUGACUCUGUAAAAGGGCAAUGCUGCAGAUUUGUGCCCCGUGUCGUUAUUCAUAUAUGCUGCUCUUAACACAGUGCAAAUGGGAAAAUGACGUGAUUUUAACCUGCUUUUUGUCAUGUUGAACACAAUUUUAUUAAAAGUUACCACUAGUGUUUUAAAAUGGUCCAAAGUCAA